AUGGUCGAAGGGGUGGAACUAUCGGAAGGAUGUCUUGGAACCCUCAGUGGCAUCGGGUUUGAUAUGGAUGGCAGCAUUGGAAACAAUGACAACGAGUCGGAAGACUUUGGCGACAACAAGAAAGAAGAUCCAGGGUAUUGCAAGAGAUUCACGAAAUCCGACACGAAUGGAAACAAUCGCAACUCCGCCAAGGACGGUGGUGGAAGCUUUGCAACUCUGCCUUGCAAGAAAUCAAGAAGCGGAUGGCUGUAA